CAGGCUCCUAUAUUUGUGGACAAGAUGAAGGACUGUGAUAUAGAGGAAGGUCGUUUGGCCAGAUUUGAUUGUCGAAUUAAGGGAGAUCCAUCACCAGAUGUGAAAUGGUUCUUGAAUGGUGAGCAACUGAAACCAGCUGAAGACAUUUUAAUCCGAAAAGAAGAUGACGGACAUCAGUUAUUGGCAUUCCGUAAUGUACGCUUGGACCAAGCAGGGGAAAUUACUUGUAAAUUGAAGAAUGAUCUAGGGGAAGCAACAUGUGUAGCUCAGUUAGUUGUGAUGGAAGAUCCCAGACGUCAUGGACCAGAAGUGAAGCCACCAAAGUUCAUCAAGAAGCCAGUAGAUACAGAAGUGGAUAUGGGAGGGGAUGUGAAGUUAGAGUGUACUGUAGCUGGGGAACCAGAACCUGAUGUUACUUGGUUCUUUGAGGACAGAGAAUUAUUUGAAUCCCACAGACGUAUAAUUCGUAAGAGUGGUAACAACCAUGUUUUGAAGUUAAGAAACAUGGCUGCCAUGAAUGCUGGGAAAUACACCAUAAGAGCUGUCAAUAUGGCUGGGGAAGCUAGCUGUACCUUUAAACUCGGUGUUAAUGAACGUGUAGUGGUACCAGAGACCAAAUAUGGUAGUGCUCCGUCAUUUGCUAGUCGUAUAUCAGAUGCCAGAUCUCUAAAGGGAGGUAAAGUUCGUUUCGGAUGUAGGACUAUGGGUAUACCUCAACCAGAAAUACAAUGGUGUAAAGAUGGACGACCAUUAACCUCUACUGACCAUGUCCAGAUUGGACGUGAUGCUACAGGUUUCUAUUUGACUGUAUCUGACGUAGCUCCAGAAGAUGAAGGAGAAUACAGCUGCACCAUUAGAAAUGACUCUGGUAAAGCUAGCUGUUCUGCCAGAUUACAAAUUGGAGGUAUGGAGAGAAAUAUUAUUACAAAACCUACACCCCUUAUCAAUAAGUAA